UCACUCAGGGGCUAACGGUAUUUGCCACUGCUUGUCAAGCAUUUUGCAGCAAGUCGGAUUUUAACGCGACGAUGUUUACUCUUCUGUUCAGUAGUGUUUUAGCGGCUUCGCUAGCUCUUCUUUUCUAUCAGAAACUGUAUCACCCCUUUUACUGGGUCGAUUUGAGGUAUUAUUUGAAACUCCGGAUGUACAAAAAGUCGUUGAACGCUCGCAUGAAGCAAGGAAUCAUCACAUAUUUGGACUGCUUUCUCCUUCAGACGAGUAGGAACCCGAACAAGCCCUUCAUUCUCUUUAAAAAUCAGAGGCUGACGUAUCAAGAUGUGGACAGAAGAAGUAACCAGUUUGCGAACGCGUUCAGGGAGAGUUCUUUGAAACAAGGAAGCAUUGUUGCUCUGUUAAUGUACAACCAUCCGGAUUUUGUUUGCGUAUGGCUGGGACUGAGUAAACUGGGAUGUGAAGUAGCGUUUCUUAACACCAACAUUAAAGCUAAAUCGUUGCUUCGCUGCAUUGAGAGUUGUGGAGCCAAGACGCUUGUUGUGGGCAGAGGUUUGGAUCAUUUGGUGGAGCCCGUUUUGCCUGACCUACAGAAAGACAACAUAUCUGUGUGUGUGAUGCAUCACUCACCAAUUUCUGAGGGUUUAAUCAGUUUACUCAAUAAAGUGGAAAAUAUGUCAACAGGAAACAAAAGUGGCCCACCCAACGUUAACAUCAUGUCCAACUUCCUCUUCAUAUUUACUUCUGGAACCACAGGUUUCCCAAAGGCAGCACGUGUGGGUCACCUUAAAGCCAUUAUGAGUAUGGCAUUCUUUCAGAUGUGCGGCGCUACAUCUGAUGACAUCGUCUACAUCACUCUUCCUCUUUACCACAUGUCUGCUUCCCUGUUAGGCAUUGGAGGAUGCAUACAGCUUGGUGCAACUUGUGUCUUAAGGAAAAAGUUCUCAGCAACUCAGUUUUGGAAGGACUGUGUCAAAUAUAAUGUGACAGUGGUGCAGUACAUAGGCGAGCUCUGUCGAUAUCUGGUCAACCAUGCCGUGGUUCCAGAAGAGAACAGUCACAGUGUUUGGCUUGCAGCAGGAAGCGGGCUUCGAUCAGAUGUGUGGAAGGAAUUUGCUGAACGCUUUCAUACACUCAAGGUCAGAGAAGGUUAUGGUUUAACUGAGGCCAGCAUAGGCUUCCUCAACUAUACUGAUGAGAUUGGACCGAUUGGGAGAGCAAGCUACUUCAACAAGCUUACAGUACCCUUUGAACUCCUGAGAUAUGAUACACAAACAUAUGAACCAUUCAGAACUGUGUCUGGAAGAUGUGUACGAGCGCACAUAGGUGAGGUUGGUAUCCUGGUUGCCCCUGUGACGGCUAUGAACCAGUUCUUGGGUUACGCUGGAAAUAAGGUCCAGUCUGAAAAGAAGUUGAUCAAGGAUGUGUUUGUAACGGGUGAUCUCUAUUUUAACACCGGAGACCUCCUGCUGCAGGACCACAGAGGUUUUCUUUACUUCCGUGACCGCAUUGGAGACACUUUCAGGUGGAAAGGUGAAAAUGUGUCCACUAUGGAGGUGUCUGAGGUUUUAUGUCUUCUGGAUUUUAUUCAAGAGGCUAAUGUUUAUGGAGUCACUGUACCAGGAUAUGAAGGUCGAGCUGGCAUGGCUGCCAUUGUAUUAAAACAUGAGCACAAAUUGCAUGGUCCAAAACUCUACUACCACUUGGUUGAAACUCUACCUGCAUAUGCCUGGCCAUGGUUUCUCAGAAUACAGCCCUCUUUGGAUGUCACUGAGACUUUUAAGCAGCAGAAGGUAAAGCUGGUCCAGGAAGGAUUUAACCCAAAAAUCACAAAGGAUCGCAUGUAUUUCUUAGAUAUCACUCAGAAGGAUUAUCUUCUCCUCAAUGUAUCUCUAUAUGAGGAUAUUGUGGAUGGAAAAAUCAAACUAUAGUAUCUGAAAGAAUUCUCUGACAAGUAAUAAGUGUCACAUUAGAGC